AUGUCUCUCCAACCCUCAUCGUUGAGUCGCUCAACUCCGACCACUGUUCCUGCCAGCCAAAACACCGCACCAGUCAUCAAAUUUCGAUGCCUAUAUACGCACGACGUUCGCCGCAAAGCGAAACGUUGGCAAGAUGGCUAUCUCAAAUUUCACACCUUUAACAAGCGCGCCAUGGUGUACGAUGAUGCGGGGAAUUUUAUAGGCGAUCACCAUUGGCGGGAAAGCCACGAGAUCCAAGAUGGCGAUGAGCUGGAACUCGACAAGGGCGUUCUGAUACAAGUCAGCGAGUGCAUGGAAACCACGCAGACGGAUAUAUCGGUGCUUUUUGAAAAGCGUAAAGCUAGUCAAGAAUCCCCACAACCUCAGAAAACGCCUGCUCCUCAACAACUACCGCCGCCCUCGUCUAACGUUUCAAUGUCAUCGUCCUACGCAAGACAAUCACCACUUACAAGACCAGCCAGGCCGUUCAACCCACUCAAGCCGCUUAACGAUGUUCUAGGUAUUCAAAAAGGCCCUAUUGGCCGCUCUGUAACGCCACAGUCGCCGUAUGAUCAGUGCCAUCGACCACCAAGGCCUGUUGAACGCACGCGACAGGAAGAUGAGCGGCCUGCGAAACGGUCAAAACCUACGCCCACAUCGGAUAUGUCACAGCACAGGAGCACCAAUGAGUCGGUGCGGAGUCGAUCGGGAGUGAUUGAAUUGGACAAUUCAACAUUUGCAAAACCACCACCAAAAGCUGUUCCCGUCUCGAGUGUCAGGAAAACAUUGGAGAAGUCAACCGAUAGCCCUAGAGUCCAGGCGAAUAGCAUUCGAAAGCCCGUAGAACAAACAAAAAGUCGAGAACAACCGAGGCCAGAGGACUCGAGACCUACCAACAACACCACAGUCUUGUCGGGAAAUACACGACUAUCAAUAUCGGACGAAGCAUCACGUUGGGGCCAAUCGAGGCCAGAAUCUACGAAACUAACCAAUAACCACAACACCCCAUUAGAUAGAACACGCGAAUUACCCCUUGAACAGACAUCACGGAAAGAGCAGUCAAGAUCAGAGCCUUCGAAUCCGUCAGCCCAACCUACACCGGCUCGGAUUGCCUCAAAUGUGCAGACCUCAUCCGCAAGGCCACGGGUCUUGUCUGAGAAAUCCAAAUCAGUCAUUAACAGCAAUAAUGCUCCCAUAAAUCCUCUUCGCAUGAGCAACGAAAAACCACGUCAGAAACUCAUGUACAGAGCGCUUCUUCCUCCAAAGGGCACCAGAGAAGCGCAGGCGAAAUCCAAGUCAGUAAACCUUUCGAAACUGAAGAAGUGA